GAGAAGUAGUUAUUCACGAAGUUCAGGAGCUUUUGCUGGUUUGAUGGUCCGUUUGGGUUGUCUCGGGUUUUCUGAACGCUUUUUGGCAUAUGAUCUCUCAGGCUUGCCGUACUUUUUAGAGGCAGGGUAUGGUUCUCCCUGGAUUUAAAAGUGUUGGAAGAGACGACCAUCGAGGAGUGCGGUUAAGUGGUGGCAGCGAUCUCUGUUCUGGGAGAGUUGAAGUAGUGCAUGGGCAGACCUGGGGAACGGUCUGUGAUGCUGACUUUGACUGGCAGGAUGCAGAGGUUGUCUGUCGGGAGCUGAAGUGUGGAGUUCCUAAAGAGGUGCUGGGAGGAGCCCCUUUUGGAGAGGGGCAGGGUACGGUCUGGUUCGAGGAGAUGCAGUGCCAGGGAAAGGAACCCCACAUCAGUAGGUGUUUGACUUCAGCCAGCAAGAAGCAGAGUUGCACACACAGGAACGAUGUGGGCCUUGUCUGUUUUGGGUACACUGAGUACAGGCUGGUGGGUGGCCCGGACUCCUGUUCUGGUCGAGUGGAGCUGCAGUACGAAGGUCAGUGGGGGACGGUCUGCGAUCGCUAUUGGGGUCUACAGGACGCCACAGUUCUCUGCAAGCAGUUGAAUUGUGGGUACACUGUAUCAGUCCCGGGACAGGCCUGGUUUGGUGAAGGCAGCGGUGAUGUACGGGCUGAUAUAUUCGACUGUGAUGGCAGUGAGACACACAUAUCAAAUUGCUCCAUCUCUGCAUGGGGACGAGGUGCCUGCACUCAUAGCAAUGAUGCAGGAGUGAAUUGUUCAGGUGAGUACUUUGAGCUUGCUCCAGAAUGGUGCUGUUCCUUCAGCUCUGACGUGUUUCAUUCCCCCCCUGCUCACUCUUAUUAUCUUCAGGUCCAUUGCUACAUUACUGGUAAAUGCAACACCAGUAAUGAAGGGACCACGCUCUGCUCAGAUCACACGGCCCUCAGGCUAGUUGGGGGAGGAGGUGCCUGCGCUGGGAGGGUGGAGGUUUAUCACAACGGCUCCUGGGGGAUGGUCUGCGAUGACUCCUGGGACCUGGCAGAUGCUGAGGUGGUGUGUAAGCAGCUCCAGUGUGGGACGGCACUCAAUACCUCAGUGUCAGCCUCCUUCGGACAGGGGACCGGACCCAUCUGGCUGGACGAGCUGCGCUGUCAGGGGAACGAAUCGACUCUGUGGGGGUGUGCCUCAGGAGGGUGGGGGCAACACAACUGCAGACACAAGGAGGACGCGGGAGUCGUGUGUUCAGAGUUCAAGAAGCUGAGACUGUCUCGGGGCUGUUCUGGACUGGCAGAGGUUUUCUACAAUGGCACCUGGGGCAGCGUCUGCCAUAACGGCAUGGAUAAAAACACAGUUAAGAUGAUAUGCCGUGAGGUCAACUGUGGAGAGAGUUCUGAAAUAUCAAUGCCACUUCCAGCAUCUAGCACUGCACGCAAGUGGCUUGAUAAUGUUAAAUGCAGAGGGCAUGACUCUACACUGUGGCAGUGUCCAUCUUCACCCUGGGGUAAAAACGACUGCUGGGACAAUGAGGUGGCUGAGAUUGACUGCAAAGUGGAAAAGAAGCCAACUGUCUCCAGCAUACCCAAGAACUGCUCUGAAGACCUCACUCAGGAGCACUGCUCAGAGCCAGCAGAGCUGAGGCUAGCUGGAAGCCCAAGUCCCUGCUCCGGACGGGUGGAUGUGCGGUUCGAGGGGUCCUGGGGGACAGUCUGCGAUGACUCCUGGGACCUGAAGGACGCCCAGGUGGUCUGCAGACAAGUAGGCUGUGGGGCAGCAGAGAGCACAGGGGGUGGUGACUCUACGUUUGGACAAGGGAACGGCAUCAUCUGGCUGGACGAGGUGAACUGCAGGGGCUGCGAGAUGCACCUGUGGGACUGCCGGCACUCUCCACUGGGACACAAUGACUGCGACCACAAAGAGGAUGCAUGGGUUACCUGUGCAGGUUUUCCCCUCGCUCCCCCUGGAGAGGAGAGUGCCCGGGCCGCACUGCCCCCUGAAGAAGGACCCGCUGCACCUGACAGGACUGACUACGAUGAUGUUGGGGAGGAGUCUCCAGGAGAGGGUGGGGCGUUGUGAGGCUGGCAGUGUGUCUGGUGGAGAAUAGAGGGGCAGCUGGAGCCCCCUAGAGUUCUAGAGCUGUAAGAGCGCCAUUAACUGUAAACCUGCCAGACAGUUUCACUGCAGUUCCAGCCUUUCUCUGGGAUUUCACUGUGAAACUCCAUUGGCUGAAAAUUUAGCAGGCUUCUCAUAAAAGUGCUUCAUGUCAAAUAUGAAUGUUUCCCUUUAUGCUGCAAAAUUGCAUCUUGUUACAAACAAGCAUCAAAUUAGGAAACCAUGUCUCGAAUGCUAAUUGAACGUUGAAAGAAACUAAGAAAUUAUAUGUUCCCAAGAAAAAUAAAUCAUCAAAUUAUGAUUGUUGCAAAGCAACGUCAAAGAUCAGUAUUUUAUAUAUAUAUUUUUUAAAAAAUCACUGUUUCUGGCUACCAAAGUAACUGAAACAGUUCAAAAUGUAACUAUUAGCCAUUGGGUGGGUUUUGGGGAAACACAUUGUUAUAACAAUGGUUUUUGUGUGCACCCCCAUCACAAUUAUGAAGGUAUAUACAGAUUUCCAAAUUUAAAGGAAAUUCACUUGGCAGUCUGCUGUCUGUAUUUUGUGUCUGUUUUUUCUAGCAAUUUCUCUUCUGGUCAGGUUUUCUUUUAAAUCCAGUCUUUAAAUACAGAUUGUGUUUUAAUAGGGGUCUGUGUUCCCUAUUUCGGCCUGUAAUUGUGGUGGUGUGCAGUUUCAAAGGGGAUCUGGUUUAAAAAUGGAUUGUUUUGAAAUUCUGUUGUAAAGUUUGGAUUUACAGAAUUCCUGUAGCCCAACUCUUGACAGUUACCCUGUUUGUAAUUCAUUUGGAGCUAGGUGUGCAGAUAAAAAAUGAUUUCUAUAUUAAAAUGUUAGUUUGUUUUUUAUUAUUUGAAUAUAUCUAUUCUGCUUUAAUGUACCAUUUCUAAACGUAUAGCAUUUCUUGCAGAGUGUGCAAUGGCUUGAAGGCUGUAUUCUAUUUUUAAACAAUAAAGUCUAAUUUA